GAUCCUGUCUACAGUGGGAUCGGACUUCGAUUUGCGGACUCUGAGAGCGGUCCGUGUGCUGAGACCCCUCAAACUGGUGUCUGGGAUACCCAGCCUCCAGGUGGUCCUCAAGUCCAUCAUGAAGGCUAUGAUUCCACUGCUGCAGAUCGGCCUGUUGCUAUUCUUCGCCAUCCUCAUGUUCGCUAUCAUCGGCCUGGAGUUCUACAUGGGCAAAUUCCAUACUACCUGCUUCGACAUUCACACAGAUGAGAUUCGCGAGGAGUUUCCGUGUGGGACCGAAGCCCCGUCGAGACUAUGUCCAAACGGGACCACGUGUCGAAAGUAUUGGCUGGGGCCUAACUACGGCAUCACCCAGUUUGACAACAUCCUGUUUGCCGUGCUCACAGUCUUCCAAUGUAUUACCAUGGAGGGAUGGACUGACCUGCUCUACUAUAGCAACGAUGCUCAGGGAGCGCGUGGAACUGGAUGUACUUCAUUCCUCUUCACUACGGCUCUUUCUUUCAUGUUGAACCUGGUCCUGGGUUACUGUCUGGGGAGCUGCAACACGACCUUUAACCUGCUGUUGUUCACUGAGCACAACCUGGGUGAGUGA